GAUCGCGACCAGGCACGCCUGGCUGCCCCGCUCGACAGCGCGGUGUUGCAUUUUUACCCCGCUGGACGGCCAGCGAACCGGGGUCUCCAGCGCCUGGGUUGCUGUGGCAGCGGCGCCAUGACAUCACUCAACCGCUUUUGUAGCCCUGUGGUUGGUCCAUGCUAUAUCUCCGAGCUUCCAUCACCUGGAAAGCCAAGCCUCUCGCAGCGCUGUGUUGUACGGUACAUACAAUCUCGGCUCGCGGCUGCCACACCGCCCUGCCCGAGGAACCGCCGCUCACGUUCUUUUUUUUGUAUGGCAUUCGUGAGAAGUGUCAGGAUCACGGAGGUCACACUCGGGCACACCUGCUUCCUGUACAUACCUAUAUUUUUGCUAGGAACAAUGCGGCUUUGAGGCACAAGCGUCUGUCCAACCAGUCGGUUUAUCUGAAGCUCUCCGACUUCCAAUCAUAUGCGUCCAGGCGACCAUCUUGUUCCCGGAAUUGUUGGGCGCCGUUCCAUUCGUCCUCCUGCGUGAUUGGCCUCGGGGUCCCGUUAUCGGCCGUUUUCCAACCGGAGUUGGUCCAGUGGUCAGAUUUCAGAAUGAGCAUCGAAGGACGGUCUCAUGCCCGAAGUCUGGGCGGCCUGCUUCUGGUGCUUGCAUGGGCAUCGGCAACCUGCGCGAGCAUGCAGCCCUUCCAGCCCGUCGAGACAGCAGCUGCCAUCGCGCGACGUCAGCAAUCAUGUCUCGCCAACUUCUUCAGCUGCGCCGACCAGGGUCCGGUUUUCGACGGCACCUGCUGCCAGAACGGCCAAAGAUGCGCCCUCGAUGCCAACAAUGAACCGGCCUGUUGUCCUACCAAUGCUGUGUGUACAGGCACCGCACCAGCAAGUUUCGUGACCCCCGACCCGGCCGGCGCUACCACGGCCGUAUCCUACGUCCCGAACGAGUUCUUCUCCUUCCCCUAUGUUGCCACUUCCUUUGCCAACCCGGGCCAUUGCUCGGCGGCCGUCAUGCAAUGCAGUUCCAACUACGCAGCCUGUACCUCGCAGCUGGCUCUGGUGGGCGGUUCCGGAGAUGGCGGCUACGCCGUUACCGUCGUCGUCCCGGGCGGUGGCGGGACGACGGUGACCGCGGCGGCGGGGAUCAGCGCAGAUGCCGCAGCCGCUACCAGCAUCUGCAGCAGCUUAUCCAGCGCGGCAUGCGGCAGUUUACAACCCAGCAUGUGCACCAGGUCUGGCACCGCCGCCGAUGGUUUCUACUUCGGCACGGGCACGGGCAACCCUGCCACGAGGCCGACGGCGGCAGCCUGUGCCGGAGUGGUCGGUGUCUUUGCGGCUGGUGUUGCAGGCCUAGGUAUCCUGUGAAAGGCCAUUCCGCAGUUAACAUGGGAGUUUUGACGGGCUCGUUUCGCGCUUCGACCCGGUUCUUUGGAGGCUCUUUGGUUUGAUCUUCUUGAUAGAGCUGGCGGAUGAGACUGGAAAGCGUGUUGUUUUGCAUUCCGCCUCCAUCAUAGCCAUUCGAUAUUGCUUUCACGAAGUCAUGAAUCCAUGAUCAAAUACCCACUCUGCUUCACUUUGUUGUUCU